AUGACAAAUUAUGGAGAUCCAGUAGCCGACUGGAGAAUUCAGAGCUACCUGAAGCUAGUAAAUACCCUGUUUAUCUCCCUCGGCAUAACCCAACAACAGAACUUCUUAUAUUACAACAACAUGAUAACUUAUGCCACGCAGGCGUUCAAGACAAUUGUAACGCAAGUUGCUGUUUUCGACUUUUUUGCAAAGUUAGCAAUAACUUGGAAAAAUAUUGUACCUAAGGCUCCUUGGCAAGGAGGAAUUUACGAAAGGCUAAUUGGGUUAACAAAAGGUGCGUUAAAAAGAGCCAUUGGCAGAAAAUUCCUAGCGGAAAGAGAAUUAGUGACACUAAUCACGGAAGUUGAGGGUAUACUCAAUACCAAUACCUGA